CUCUCCGAGUUACUUCCAAAAACGAAACGAAUCCCUAUUAUUCGCUUUCACAAUGAAAGAGCGACAUGUGUUAAUAGUUUUACUGCUGGUGUCUAAUAUAACAUUAUCUUCAGGUAUUCUUCAUGUUUUCGCGGCUGCUGCAUCCUAUUUGAUUAACAAAUUUAUUGAACGCGAUGUUUUGCUUCCUUUUGACUCUAAACGUUUGGAGGAAGAUUUAAGAGACUCUCUCUUUGGGCAGCACAUCGUGUCUGAUGUUGUAUUAAAAACUGUAACAUCAUUUAUGACUGACAAGAACCCAAACAAACCGCUGGCCCUCUCUUUCCAUGGGACAGCAGGAGUUGGGAAAAAUCACGUUGCAAAAAUCAUUGCAAAAAAUGUGUAUAAAAAAGGGGACCAGAGCAAGCAUGUUCAAAUGUAUAUAUCUAUGCAUCAUUUCCCACACAGAGAAAAUGUAGACUUAUACAGCGCACAGCUAAAACAGUGGAUUCAUGGAAAUGUAUCAAGGUUUCCCCGCUCCAUGUUCAUAUUUGAUGAAAUGGACAAGAUGCAACCACAGCUCAUCGACGUCAUAAAACCUUUUCUAGACUACAAUGCCCGUGUAGAUGGAGUGUCAUUCUGCAAUGCAAUUUUCAUUUUUCUUAGUAAUGCAGGUGGGAAUAUUAUUGCUGAAGUAGCUCUGGAUUUUUGGAGAGAAGGCAAAGAUCGGGAAGAGCUUUGGAUGAACAGCAAGGAACUGGAGACUAAGAUCCUUCAAAACAUCUUCAAUGAUAAGAACAGUGGAUUUCUGCACUCUAGCAUCAUAGAUCAUCAUCUGGUUGAUCACUAUAUUCCUUUCUUACCUUUGGAGCUGAAGCAUGUGCGUCAGUGUGUCAUGGCUGAAAUGGCUCAUCUGAAAAUGACCAUAGACUAUGGCCUGGCAGAUAAAGUGGCCAGAGACAUGCCUUACUACCCUGAAAAUGAGAAAAUCUUUGCUGUUAAAGGCUGCAAGUCUGUCAGACAGAAGCUGGCGCUAUAUGCUGAUUAGUAGCAGCAUGUUGCCAUACAGUUUUUAUUGUUCUGUAUUUAUAUUUCAAUUUUAAUGAGUUGCAUCACCAUCUAGAGUCAAACUUAUUCUGCUCCUAAAGAUUGUCUCUGUAUAAAACGUCAAUCAAUUUGUCUGUUUAGAUUUGGAACCACAUUUUUUAGUCUACCAAAUUUUUGAAGUAGACCUUUGAUACAUCACUAUACCAUGGAAUUGUUUUGUAACGCAUGGUAACAGCCUAACACAUUUGUUACAAUACCAUGUUUGGUACUGCAAUAAACACUAUGGAAUACCUCA